UCAAUAGAAGCGAACCACAGAUCUCACGCUCGCGAAUAAUGAAUCGCGAUCCCUUCCCGCUGUACAGCUUCUUGACUGACGCCACAGAUCCUCCCAUCGCGUUUGUGUGUGUAAAAGGCCAGUGCAACAGCCGCGCUGUAUCAUCAACAAUAAAUACAGGCGUGCUAGCACCUUAGAACUCUAAUAAACUCAGGAGUCUAAUAAACUCAGGAGUAAAAGUACAUGUAGUAUGCCACGGUUGCCUUACCUCCCCAAAGCAGGAGCCCUGCUGAGCCUGUUGGGUAGUGGCUUGAUCAUCGCUGAGGUGAUUCAGGACAGCCGUCAGCGCGGAGCCAGUGGAAACAUAAGAUAUGUUGCGUUUGGGAGUGUUGGUGCUGUCUCUCAAGUCUUGUUGUCCAUGAGUGCUGGGGAUAUCCUCUUUUCAUUAGGGUGGUUCUUGGCAUCUUGGGCAGUGCGCUGGAGCAAAGCGAUCUGUGUCUUUCAGGGCUUCAUGAUUCAACUGGGAUACAUGGCAUCCUUGCUCUCAAAUGCCUCACUGGCAGUGGUUUAUCUUCUCAUGAUCCACUACAGUUGGCAUCAACGCAGGAUUCAAACAAAAAUUCCCUGCAUGAUGCUCAUCUUGUGGAGUUUCUGCCUUUCCGCAGCCCUGGUUCCCUUGGCCUUAGAUAUGUAUCAUGAUGCUGGCCCAACUUGUUGGAUUGCUGCACAGGAUGGCACACUUGAUUCCUCUUUUUUAGUCUUUUCAUUACAACUGGUUCCUAUUUGGUCCUGCAUCAUUUUGGAUUCUGUGAUAAUGUUUCUCAUUUUUCGAAAGACACGGCUGCUGGAAGCUCAAGUGGAGCAUGCUGAUCAUUACCAAGAAAGUCUUGAUCUGCACACAGAAACUGAAAACGAUCAUCCCGCAAUGACAGCUACUGGUACAUGUAAUAUUGUCCCAAACAGCAAGAAACAAAUUGAUUUAUCUUUUCUCCCAGAUGUAAAUGCAAACCAUUUGGGAGGAAGCGAGUGUUUGGGGGACAGUGAGAGCCAUCAUGGAGUGUUCAGCUUUGUAGAGUUCACCCCCUUUGAUCCAUAUCCCAUGUUAUUCCCCUACCAAGAUGAAGCAGGUGGAUGUGAGAUGAAUACCUCUCGAAGCAUGUUUAUAAGCAGCAUUGUGUCCCAUACUUCAGGAGCCCAUGAUCCCCGAGAAGACCAGGAAGAACAUGUUGAAGAUUAUAGGAUUCCACUAGAAGAGCAAGUAUCAGUCCAGUUGGAGGAACAGCACCCAGAAACAGCCAUCACUAGAGAACCACCACAAGGCAAAAGGGUGACAUCCAACCAAAGUGACAACAACAUCCACCACAUUGAACCAUGCACUAAUAUUUACAGCGCGUCCACUUCUGAGUGCUCUGCUGAUUCUACCCCCAACAGCAACAGGCCCCGAUCACACAAGCGAUCCCAAAUUGUUGCCCAACAAGGCAUGUGGUACAUUGCUGGAUUUUUUAUGACGUACGGAAUUGUCACCAUUUCAGUGCUUGUUUUCCUUAUUUCGGGGGAGUGGAAUGAACCACUUGAUCAUGCAAGCUACUUCUUCUUGUCUUGUCAGGGUGUCUUCAACUUUUUGGUUUUCAGUCAUGGGCGACGACAAAUGAAGACGUGGUUGGGGGCUAAACUCAAGAGUUGGAUAUGGAAAAGUGCCUCAUACUGCCGCAGUGUUUGCCACCUCUUGAAGCAACUGACUUUAUGUCCCUCACUUUCAAGUGAACUGGAGCAAUCCACCCAGAAUCAUGCCCAAAGACGCAACAUAACUCAACACGAAGUAUUUAACAACGAAUCACCCAACAGCAAGUCUACACCAGCAACAACGCUGGCCCGCAUCGAUGAAGAGGCAGGCCAGCAGCAAACGCUACAGCCGCCAAUAUCUGGCGAAGAAGGCCGGAUUCAAGAUUCCGAAGACCAAACUGUCGUGGGUCAAUCUGUUUCUGAAGUGCUAGUAUUGGGAAUGAAUGGCACCAGUGAUGAGGAUGUGGCACCUGGUGAAUGA